AUGGACAAACCAGGAGGCCUUGGUACUUUUAAGUGGCGAUGCGUCGAGGAGAAAGGAUGGAUGGGGUUCAAGGACCCAGCUUCUGCGCAAUACCUUGGUUAUCAUGAAUAUGGACUUCUGUUUUGUAGAAGCCCUCAUCAUCGAAACAACGAAUACCUAUGCCCCCGAAUGCGCCCAGAAGGUGGAUUCGUUCUGCUGGUACGUCACGAUGACCAUCUUCGUCUCUUGGGUGUAUUCGCAAACGAAUCGGAAAGUGAAAUUAGACGGAAGUUUAGAAUCAUGGACUGGAGCUCUGAGGAGAUUGUGUGGGAUUUUAUUGAGGUACAACAUUAG